CAGCGUUUUAGUUGAUUUUUUAAUACGUACAGCCGUAGAUUAAAUACGCGACCCGUCACGCAGCCGCGGAAAAAAAAUAAUAAAUUUAACCCUGCGCAAAAUCGCAUCGACGCCAUCCCCGGGGGGAUUGUAUAUCCGACGACGACGACGCCGCCGCCGCCGCCGAAGCAGCCGAAUCACGUCGCGUACAUGAAAACAGUGUUCGGGGGGGGCGACGAGUGGACGUGCGUGUGCUCUGUUUAGUUUUUUCUUCACGUUGACAUAAGACGCGUGCGGGAAAACCGUUUCGCGUACGCGUGUGUGUGUGUGUGUGUGAUACGUUUGUAGUAAACCGUCGUCACGUGGUGUUCGUGUUUCGCUCUAGCUCUCGCGUGUGAUGUGCAGGUGAACGUUCGCGCGCAGUACAGCAACAGAGAAGUACUAUGGCAGCGACGAUAGCACCAGAAGAAACGCAGCAGAAGAUCGAAGAGAUCGCGACCACGGUUGUCGGGGAAGAACAACAACAGGGUCCGGCAGUUGGCGAGCAGCAGAACCACACCGAAGAUAUAGUUGCACCUCUGCCGUCAGCAAACACCACCGCCACCGCGCCCGUCUCGAUCGUAGGCAAAGCUUUCGACUUGAAACGCGCUAGCGUGUCGUCCGUGGACAGCGACAUAUCCCUAUCGUACGACGCGGCUCCGUUCUACCCGCGGUCCCUGAAACAGAACGGCAUGUCGUCGUCCGCGAACAAUUCGAGCGGCUCGGGCACUGACGACGGUGGCCGGCAUCACGCUUCGGUCGGCGACGGCGCGAUCACCAACACGGACUCGUCCGACUCGGCGUACGAGGGCGGCGGUCAGGUCAAGUCGGGUGACGAGUCGACGCCGUUCGUGGCGCCCGACGAUGAGACCACCAAGCGCAUACUCGACCAGGUGGAGUUUUACUUCUCGGACGCGAACAUUGUCAAGGACGCAUUCCUUCUGAAGCACGUGCGCCGCAAUAAGGAAGGCUACGUGUCGCUGAAGCUCAUCUCAUCGUUUAAGCGGGUCAAGCACCUGGCCAAGGACUGGCGAGCCGUCGCGUACGCCAUAUCGAAGUCGGAGAAGCUGGAGCUGAACGAGUCGGGCACGAAGCUGCGGCGCAAGGAACCGCUACCCGCGUACGACCAGACCACGCCGUCGCGCACCGUGGUGGCCAUCAAUCUGGCCGAAGAGAAGCCGGUCACCAUCGAGACGGUGGCCGAGCUGUUCCGUGGCUGCGGCGAGAUCGCGCUAAUUCGCGUGCUCCGGCCCGGAAAUCCGAUACCGUCGGACGUGCGACACUUCGUCAACAAGCAUCCGGAGAUGGGCAACAACGUGAGCGCGCUUAUCGAGUUCGUGCGCACCGAAUCGGCGCACAACGCGAUGAGCAAAGACUGGUCUGCGGAGAAGGCCAAGGACGGGCAGAGUAUGUGCGUUCUGGAGCUCAACGCGCCCGCGUCCAAAAAGAAGGCCACUGCGGCCGCGAAGAAGUCGCCGAUGAACCGGCUGUUCGACAACGAGUACAACACGUCGUCGUGCCAGAGCGGCUCUGAGUCGGAGGACAUGCGUCAGAAGAUGCGCGUGCAGCGCAAGGUAUCGGCCAACACGCUAAUGCGGUCUGACUCGUCGUGGAACCAGCGCCGGUGGUCCCGGGACUCGGGCACGGACAGCACGGGCUCCGUGUACUCGCGCCGCGAUUCGUACAUACCGCCGCAGCUUCACGCGCAACCCGGCGACUUCGGCCACGGCAGACGCAUGUCGUCCGGUUGGGACUCCAGCUCGGAGAGCUACUACUCCGGCCGUUCGCGGUCCAGCAGCGGCGCGUCCAUACCGGAAACGUUCGGCAUGCGGCGCUACUCGUUAGCCAACCGCCCGGAACACCAGCACCAGCACCAGCAGCAGCAGCAGUUGCAGCAACAAUCGUGCUGUUGCUGCGGCCACAAUCAACCACCGCCGCUUCCGCCGCCGCAGCAAUCGAUGGCCAUGCGCAGGCAUUCGUCGCAGGACAACCAUCAUUACGACAUGAGGCGGUGCAGCACGAGCAGCAGCAACAGCGGUGGUGCCGGCGACAUGAUGAUGCGCAAGGACUCGACGUCAGAAUUCUGUUGCGGUUCGCCACGUGACAGCUUCCACAACAACUGGUCGCGCAAGAGCAGCUCGUCGUCCAUGGGCGAGGGUGGCAGGCGCCUGUCCGUGGACUCUGACUCCUCCGGGGGCAGAGGACGGCGCCCUAGCUUAGGUUUGGUGACGCCCGACAACGUGGUCAGGAUGCCUAAGGGACCGGAUGGUUGCGGCAGCCGCGGUUUCCAGAGGGAACCGCUGAUGGACUCCACGCUUUACGAGUGACACGAUAAGAACACGACGACACCGAGACGACGCACGCGCAAACAUUUAAAUCAGAAAAAGACGCGAUAAACAAAAAAAAAAUAAAUUUAAAUAAUAAAUAAUUUAUAUCGAUCUAUAUAUUUAUUAUAAUAUAUUAUUAGUACGAAUAGUUUUAUAUUUAAGCGGUUUGGAUAUUUAGCAGAUACUUGUAAAAUAAGAAAAUGAAUCUUAAGUGAUACGGACCAAGCGUUUCGCGGGGAUCCCUUUAUAUUCUAUAUUAUUAUUAUAAUUAUUACAUGUACAUUUAUGUCGCAUAUGCCACGUGUGCGCGCGCACGCGCGUGUACGGAGAACCAUAAUUAAUCGGCUGUACGAUUUUAUUAGUUGAGGGUAUCAGACAUUUUGUAUGCGAGUAUUUACUCGUGUUUGUAUCGUUUCGCAUGUGUACAGAUAGGAGCAAACCACCCGGUAACACAGGUCCUCAUCGACAGAUUUCACGUACAACAUUAUUGUUAGCAACGGUUUCGAUUCCGCAUUAAUUUAUAAUGAUUUAAUAUUUAUUAAAUUGGUAUACACGCAAA